AUGUCAAAUGAGUUAAGAACUCCACUAACUCAAAGCAGAGGAUCCAGCUUCUUGAAAGCUUGCUUUAAUGGAACAAAUGCUUUCCUGGGUGCUGGUCUUGUAACACUUCCUUAUGCCCUCUCAAGGGGAGGGUGGCUAAGCUUGGUGCUCUUGUUUCUAAUUUCCAUUAUCACCUUCUACACAGCCAUCUUGCUAAAGAAAUGCAUGGAUUCUGAUCCAUCAAUUACGAGCUACCUUGACAUUGCUGAGCGUGCCUUUGGUAAAACGGCCAGAAUCAUAGUCUUAAUUAUUUUGAGCACAGAAUUGUAUCUGGUUGCCGUAGGCCUCAUAAUAUUAGAAAGUGAUAGCUUGUAUAAGCUGUUUCCGAAAUUCGGGAUCAAGCUCGGGUCGUUGUUAAUCUGUGGUAGACAGUCAUUUGUGUUAGUUACAGCUUUGAUCAUCUUGCCCACAAUGCUGAUCACUGAGAUGAGUAUAUUGUCCUAUGUUUCGGCCACUGGGGUGUUCUGUUGCCUUAUCAUUGUUGGCUCCAUUGUGUGUGUUGGUGCAUUUGGAGGUGUUGGGUAUCAUGCCAGUGGAGACUUGUUAAAUGCGGGGGGCCUUCCCACCGCUGUGAGCUUGUAUAUUUUUUGCUUUGCAGGACAUGCAAUCAUCCCUUCAAUAUACAUUUCUAUGCGAGAUAAAAAUCAGUUCAGCAAGGUUGUGUUCUUUAGCUUUCUACUCAUAACCAUCACUUGCAUGGUAACCGCAGUCACGGGCUAUCUCAUGUAUGGAGAUGGUGUCGAAUCGCAGAUCACUUUGAAUCUACCAACAACAGAAGUGAGUGCAAGAGUUGCAAUAUACACCAUUCUACUUAUUCCAAUCGCGAGAUAUGCGUUGAUGGUAACCCCCGUAGCUAAUGCCAUUGAAGGUGGACUUUCAGAAGAUUACAAGAAUUGGAGAUCUGUUAAACUGCUUAUAAGGAUGGCAUUGCUAGUCAGCUCCACAGCGGUAGCCUAUGUUUUCCCCUACUAUGAGACCCUCAUGGCGAUUGUCGGCUCGCUAUUUACUGUUUCGGUUUCCUUCGUUCUCCCCUGCAUGUGCUAUCUCAAGCUUUCUGCUUGCUAUAGGAGCUGGAACUACAAGCUAUUAGGCAGUGUAGGAAUAAUUGCAUUUGGAACUUUAGUAGGUGUCUUAGGGACUUACUCAUCGAUUGCAGAACUUGUUCAAGAGUAUUGA